AUGCAUGAAGAUUGUGCUCGUGCUAAGGCCAACGUCCACUACACUCUCUCAAGCCCCCGAGCGGCUUUCUUCACACGCCUUAACACGACGCCAUUUCUUCGGAGGCGAGAUCCAGGUCCCUUCUCUAGCUUGAGAGGGGACCGACAUCCGCUUGAGGCAUCCGAAAGGCUGUCUCAUGGCUUUCAUGCCCGCAACUGGACCGGCCGUAUACCAGGCUUCAAAGGCCGUCCCAAUACUGUACGCUGCAUAGCGGGCAAGGCCCAUGGGCGCACGAUUGACAAGGCCAUCGCACACACCAUCACUCGAGAAUUCGUCAUUCUCAGUCUGGAGUCUCUUAAGGAAACUUCGCCGGCUUUCCCUCCCCUCCAGGGUGCUAUAGGCGGCCUUCUCAAGCUGGUAAACACAUAUGAGAUGAUGACGCAGAACGUGCCCUAUCGGCAAAGGUUGUACGAGCGCAUCGACAAGAUACAAGACGAUCUGAUCUUCGCAUGGAAAGACUUCGAUAUACGUACAUGCUCCCUCUCAGAUCUGCAAGUGAGAGCACUAGAAUCGUUCGAAAUAUCAAUUCAACACAUACUAGACGAUGCGAAUGCCAUAUUGAAUAGCGGAAUGAACCCUCUGCGGCGGUUCAUACUGGCGCGAGAGCACAGAUCCCAGCUAUCAGAUCUCGUGCUACGGCUCGCUAACGCUGAUGAUGACUUCCGCAGGCUAAUAGAACUUGACACGAAUGCUCGCAUAACCAAGAUGCAACUAACCAGCUCCGAAGAGAGCGCCAUCAUACAUCGGAAACUACACGACAUACAGACCUUGCACGCACGCCUCUUCAUCUUCAUCCCUAUUUUAUUUGCCAGGGACUCGGGCGUGGGUGACACCAAGAUCAUCUCCUGCAUCGUGCUUGGCUGA